AUGUUAAGAAACGCCUUUCGUAGAAAAAAUAAGAUUGAUAAUAUCUAUGAUGAAAUUGAUCGUCUCAACUUUGCAAAAGAACAAAAGUCUACUCUUCUUUCAUACUUCACCUUCAAUGACAAAGCUGAAGCUAGCGCGGAGAAAGCCCUUGCUGUCUGUAGAAAUGAUGACGAAAAGCUUGCCUAUUUAAACAAAGUCUUGAUUUUAAAUAAGAACUCUGACUUACCUAAAAAGCCUCACUUGAGUGACUCAACUUCGGUCGACGAUAGCAAAAUGUUUGACGAAGUGAAAGAGAACCUUAACGAAGAGCAUGUCAAAAAAUUCAACUCCAAAAAUGCAGAUCUCAAAAAGUUUGCUCAGAAACUGGAUCUCAAACAACUUGAGAAAUACGCGCCAUUGAAAGAUAAAGAUAUAGAGAAAUUCUAUGAAUUUGCUGGGCCCGAUCUCACCUGGCCUUCUGCAAGUCGUGUCAGUACGCGCCGUAUCAUAUAUGAUUAUAUCACUAACCCUGAUCCCUGGUUCGUAGAAGGACAGGGAGAAGAACUUGCAAUUAAUACUCUUGAAUAUUUUCGUCUUAUUGGGUCCGAAAGUCUUGACUCGUGCAAAGGAAGUCACGUACAUAUCGUAAACGGAAAGUUAGUAGGUUAUGGACAAGAAAUUUCUGGAGAGGAACUUGUGGAGCUCAACAAGAAAAAUCCGGGCAUGCUAUACGCUCCUAUAAAACAAAAGUCAGUUGUAAUUCGAUUCUCUUCUACCGCAAAUGUAACGUUGAAGGAGUGGCAGGUGCACAUGAGAAUUCGAAAAAAAGAUGAUCUCACGAACGAAGUUGCAACAAUGGCCAAUAUUGAAUGGGACACAACAAAUAAUCGAAAUUUUCGACUUGUGGUUGAUUCAGGAUCGACAUCAACUGUUAUUCCUCACUUCAUAAGAGAGAAGAUGAGCAACAAUGAUGGAUGGAAUACAUACCCAUCUGAAGCCAAUGGCUACGGGGAAAAUGUGGAUAUGUUUCAGGUUUCAACUUCAUGGGAAGUCUCAUUAGGCGAUGGUGUGAGUUGGACAGACUGGAUUGAAACCAAGGAUUUAUUUUCAUGGCAAAAGCAGGUUCCUGAUAAUAUCGAUUGUGGUCUUGUUGGAUUUGAUAUAUUAAACUCUACUUAUCAAAUCAAAGUUCCAGGUGGUAGUUUUGAGGGUACUUAUGAGGAGCAUAUCGAAUAUAUUGUUGGUGAAAGUUCUGUUUAUAACGGAUUGGAAGAUAAGUUCAUAACUAUGAGAUUCAGAAAUAUUAGCUUUAAUAGAGCACAUUGGAGUAUAUAUCAAUAUUGGGCCACAGCUUAUACUGGAAAUAAGUUUUGCAAACUAAAUUUCAAAGAAGAUAUGGAAAUAAAACAGCUAAUCCCAUUUGGCAAGUGGCAUCAAUAUGAUUUGAAAAUGAAUCAAUUUGAUAAAUUAUAUAGUUAUGCUUUAUGGUUAGAAAAUAUUACUAGAAAAAUUAGGUGCAUUAGACAAAAAUAUGUUGUUCUAAAUACUCCAAAUUUUAAGUCAUCUUGUGUUUCUAAUGCUAAUCAAAAAAUAAUUUUGCCAAUUUCUCAUCAUGUGUUUAACCAAAAAUCUGAAGCACUAAAAAGGCCAACUCUUCCUCCUUUGAGAUAUAUCCCAUACAAGUGCAUUUGA